AUGUCGGAGAUGGCGAACACAGAUCCCGAGGGGAUCGACGGAGUUCGGAUGUCGUGGAACUCGUGGCCGCGGACCAAGGUGGAAGCUAGCAAAUGCGUGAUCCCUUUGGCGGCUUGCAUCUCGCCGAUCCGUCACCACCCGGAUAUCCAAACCCUACCAUACGCUCCUCUGCGAUGCAAGACGUGCGCUUCCCCGCUCAACUGCUUCGCCCGGGUCGAUUUUACCGCCAAGAUCUGGAUCUGCCCGUUCUGCUUCCAGCGCAACCAUUUCCCUCCGCAUUACGGGAUGAUCUCCGAGACCAAUCUGCCCGCCGAGCUGUACCCUCAGUUCACCACCGUGCAGUACACCCUGCCCAACCCUAGCAUCAAUCCGCAGAUGGGUGUUGAUCCUAACGUCCCCACUGCGCUUUCCCCGUCACCGGUUUUCGUCUUUGUGCUGGAUACCUGCAUGAUCGAGGAGGAAUUCGACUAUGUUAGAUCCGCUAUGAAGCGGGCUAUCGGGUUGUUGCCGGAGAAUGCGCUUGUUGGGUUUGUCUCAUUCGGGACGCAAGCUCAUGUUCAUGAGCUCGGGUUCUCGGAUAUGUCCAAGGUUUUUGUCUUCAGGGGAACCAAGGAGAUUACCAAGGAUCAGGUUAUGGAGCAGUUGGGCUUAACUGUUCCUGGCCGUAGAGGCCCUGGUACUUCUGCUGCUGCUGCCUACCAGCACAAAGGGAUGAUGCCCAAUGGCUUCCCAGGUUCUGGUGUCACAAGGUUCUUGUUGCCUGCAUCCGAUUGCGAAUUUACCCUCAACUCGCUUCUUGAUGAGUUGCAAACAGACCAAUGGCCCGUCCAACCAGGAACCCGGGCUUCAAGGUGUACUGGCGUGGCUUUAAGUGUUGCAGCAGGACUUCUUGGAGCUUGUUUGCCUGGCACUGGUGCCAGAAUCAUAGCUUUGGUUGGAGGUCCAUGCACCGAAGGUCCUGGCACGAUUAUCUCAAAGGAUUUGUCAGAUCCUGUACGUUCUCAUAAGGACCUUGACAAGGAUGCAGCUCCAUACUUCAAGAAAGCAGUCAAGUUUUAUGAUGGUCUGGCAAAACAGCUUGUCAGCCAGGGCCAUGUGUUGGAUGUCUUUGCCUCAGCACUUGAUCAGGUUGGGGUUGCCGAAAUGAAAGUUGCAGUCGAGAGAACUGGGGGACUUGCAGUUCUGGCAGAGAGUUUUGGGCACUCUGUUUUCAAGGACUCCUUCAAGCGUGUAUUUGAAGAUGGGGAACAUUCUCUUGGCCUCUGUUUCAAUGGGACACUUGAGGUUAACUGUUCGAAGGACAUCAAAAUUCAGGGAAUAAUUGGACCUUGCACAUCGAUGGAAAAGAAAGGGCCGAAUGUUGCUGAUACUGUUAUAGGGGAGGGCAACACUUCAGCCUGGAAGAUGUGUGGGCUUGAUAAGAGUACUUGCUUGACUGUGUUUUUUGAUCUUUCAUCAAGUGAUAGAUCAAAUACUCCAGGCACUGUAAAUCCACAGUUAUACCUGCAGUUUCUCACUAGCUAUCAGACACCUGAAGGUCAAACCCUGCUUCGGGUUACAACUGUAACUAGGCGAUGGGUAGAUAGUACUGUUAGUUCAGAGGAAUUAGUACAAGGGUUUGAUCAAGAGACAGCAGCUGUUGUAAUGGGAAGACUGGCAUCCUUAAAAAUGGAGAUAGAGGAAGGAUUUGAUGCAACUCGUUGGCUGGACCGAAAUCUGAUUCGUUUGUGUUCUAAAUUUGGAGACUAUCGGAAGGAUGACCCGUCAUCCUUUACAUUGAACCCCUGCUUUUCAUUGUUCCCCCAAUUCGUGUUCAAUCUCCGACGGUCCCAAUUUGUACAGGUUUUCAAUAACAGUCCAGAUGAGACUGCUUAUUUCCGCAUGUUGUUAAACAAAGAAAAUAUUACCAAUGCCGCUGUCAUGCUUCAGCCGUCGUUGAUAUCUUAUUCCUUCAAUUCAUUACCUCAACCGGCACUCCUAGAUGUUGCGUCUAUUGGCGCUGACCGAAUUCUCUUGCUCGAUUCUUACUUCAGUGUUGUCAUUUUCCAUGGUAUGACUAUAGCACAGUGGCGUAACAUGGGUUACCAGAAUCAGGCCGAACACCAGGCGUUUGCACAGCUUUUGCAAGCUCCUCAAGAUGAUGCUCAGAUGAUAAUCCGGGAGCGUUUCCCAGUCCCUAGGCUUGUGGUGUGUGAUCAGCAUGGAUCCCAGGCAAGGUUCUUGUUGGCGAAAUUGAACCCAUCAGCGACGUACAACAAUGCACAUGAGAUGGCAGCUGGUUCAGAUGUUAUAUUCACAGAUGAUGUCAGCCUUCAAGUCUUCUUCGAGCAUCUACAGAGGCUAGCCGUGCAGUCUUGA